UGCGUGAAGUUUGAUUCCUUGAAUAUAUAUACAGUUUGGUCACAAUACAAUUUCCGCGAUGUUUUUUUUAAUCAAAUGCAUCCGGACAGUUGACUUAGGUCAGUAUAACUCUAAAACGGCACCACCAGGUUAUCCAUUAAUUUGAGGCUUAGUACACUCCCAUUUUAAACAAACAGGGAGAUUUAGCCAUUAAAUCAUCAUGCCUGAUGUCUUCACUCCCUUGUUGGUGACCUGGCUUCUUCAUAAAAACCAAUAAAGGCUUUAUACCUGACUCAAAGCUGAAUCUGAUAGGACAUUAAAGGACAGCCCACUAAAGGGAGUCAGACACAGGACAAGAGAGGACAUCACUUAGACUAAACCAGUCAAGACAGCUGUGAGACAGUAUUUAUUCCGACAUACACUGAGCUGAGAUCAGGAGGAGAAUUCUGGACUAAAUCAAAAAUAUAUACUACCUGACUGAAGUGUAUGUCAGAAUUAAGAGAGUUGCAUCCUUGUGUCAGACCUGAAGUUGUUCCAAGCCUUUUGGCCGGCUAAGGAUGGGCAAAACAAUAGACUCGGGAGAGGAGGAGAGACCCAAAUGGGACAACAAGGUGCAGUACCUGCUAACAUGUAUUGGCUUUGCAGUGGGACUUGGAAAUGUUUGGCGUUUUCCCUACCUGUGCCAAAUUUAUGGAGGAGGUGCAUUCCUCAUCCCGUACCUGAUAGCGUUGCUGUUUGAGGGCAUCCCCCUGCUCUACCUGGAGCUGGCUAUAGGACAGAGGCUCCGCAUGGGCAGCAUCGGCGUCUGGAGCUCCAUCUCUCCACUGCUGGCUGGAGUAGGCAUUGCCUCUAUGGUGGUGUCAUUCCUGGUGAGUAUUUUCUACAACACCAUCCUGGCCUGGGUGCUCUGGUACUUCUUUCACUCCUUCCAAAACCCCCUGCCGUGGAGUCAAUGUCCACUCAAUGACAAUCACACAGGCUACAAUGUAGAGUGUCAGAAGAGCACCCCAGUGAAUUACUUCUGGUACCGCGAGACCCUGAAUAUCACCCCUAACAUUGAGACCAGCGGCUCCAUGCAUUGGUGGAUGAUCAUCUGUCUGGCCAGUGCCUGGUGCGUGGUCUACAUCUGUUUCAUCAGGGGCAUCAACUCCAUGGGAAAGGCUGUGUAUGUGACAGCCACCUUUCCUUACCUGGUACUGACUAUUUUCCUGAUUCGUGCCCUCACUCUGCCUGGAGCUACUUAUGGACUGAUGUACCUGUUCACUCCUGAUUGGGAGACACUGAAGAACCCUCAGGUGUGGCUGGACGCCGCCACCCAGAUCUUCUUCUCGCUUUCUGUGGCCUUUGGAGGUCUCAUAGCUUUCUCCAGCUAUAAUGCAGAGAGAAACAACUGUGAGAGGGAUGCUGUUGUAGUAGGACUAAUAAACAGUGCCACAUCUCUGUACGCCUCCGUACCCAUCUUCUCCAUCCUGGGAUUUAAAGCUAACAAUGUCUACAACACCUGUCUACAUGAAAACAUCUUGACUAUGACCAACCACUUUCAGGUGUCAGACCAGAACAUAACAGUGGAGAAUUAUGUGCACUGGUUUGAGUACCUAAAUCAGACAUCCCCGACUGAGAUGGCCAGUUUGCAAAUGAGGCACUGUGACCUGAAAACAUUCAUUGACCAGAGCGCUUCAGGUACUGGCCUGGCUUUUAUAGUGUUCACUGAAGUAGUGAUAGAGAUGCCGGGCUCGCAGGUUUGGGCCAUAUUGUUCUUCGUUAUGCUCUUCAGCUUGGGCCUCUCUUCCAUGUUUGGCAACAUAGAGGGAGUCCUCACACCCAUCAGUGACCUAAAACUGGUACCCAAGUGGUUGCCUAAUGAACUCCUAACAGCCAUCAUCUGCUUGGUAUCCUUCUUGACGGCUCUCAUCUUCACCCUGGGUUCGGGGAACUACUGGGUGGAGGUCUUUAACAGCUAUGUGGGCUCUGUACCUCUGCUAAUCAUUGCAUUGUUUGAGAUUAUUGGAGUCAUUUAUGUCCGUGGAAUGAAAACUUUCAGUGAAGACAUCUAUUUCAUGACUGGGAAGAGGCCCAACAUCUUUUGGAAGGCAUGCUGGAUGGUGAUCAGUCCUUUAAUGCUCCUGGUGGUGCUGAUUGCCUAUGUGAUCAUCCAGGCACAGAAACAUCCCACCUAUCCCACAUGGAACCCAGCUUAUAAACUAUUCCCCCAAACUGAAGUGAAGCCAUACCCAGACUGGGUCUUUGCCAUAAUCAUCCUCAUCUGUGUAGUACCUGUGCUUUCCAUCCCUCUGGUGGCUCUCUACAAACUGAUCUGCUGUGGGCUCAAGAGGUCCUCUGCUCGCAUUGAACUAAACCCCCAAUGCAACAACGGCUUUGAGGUUGAAACACAGGAACAGGACACGCAGAGAGCUUAGGAAAUGUUUCAAGUACCAACGCUACGGUGUUACCGAACAGAAACUGACUUUGUGAUGUUUAUCCAUUUCUGUGGAUCUUUCCUCUUAAAUCACUGGAGAGCUGCCAUAUAAUCACUCACUUUAUCAGAAUCAGAAUUUUCUAUUCAUUUUUGAUGUUUACAAUAUUUUUAGGAAUUAUCAGGACCUGACCUGACAUAUGAAACUCACAUUUGUUUCCUCAGUAACAAAACUGGAUUUAUUUAACAGUCAAAUUCUUAUGUUUGUACAUAUUCCACAUUUGAUUCCACAUUUACAAAACCUUAAAUUUGAACAUAAAUGUCGCAAAACAUCAUUGCAUGAGAUCUUAAGCUUCCUACUGUUUGAGAUAUUUCUAGAAGAUUAGUGUAAUGUAGAGAACUGGUACUACAUCAUAUUGUACAAAGGUCAUUUGAUUUAUUCACUGUAAUGGUCGACAAUAUUUCCGUGGGCUUAUUUACAUAUAAAGUAUUUGCAAGGUGAGGUCAUUUUAUGUUCAUGGAAAACUACCACAAAGUGUAAAUCAAAGUCCAAAGAGACAAACAGCAGUGGGAUGAGACGGUAUCUUGUACAGUAGCUGGAUGAUUUUUAAUUAUCCAUCUUUAUUGAUAAGGAGGCUGUUGUUUUAUAGGGUACGUUUAUGACUUAGUCAUCUGAUCUAAAACACUCAAACGAU